AUGGCUUCAGAUGCGCAAGAUGAGGAACGCGCUCUGGAGAAACCCAAACGCACGCCGCUCGAGUCUGGGCCUUACGUCCUGCGCACCCUGCUCCAGGAUGUCCCGCUCUCCGCCGAAGGCGCGGCUGACCACGAUAUCAAGAUCAACUGCGUUGAUUAUCUAGAUGGCAACCUUUACGUCGGCACUUCUGCCUCGGAGCUCAUCCAUUUCGUCAAGAUACCCCCCGACCCUGCCGAUAAAUCCCCCACCACCACCUUCGUCCAGGCCUCAAGACUACAGCCAGCCUUUGCAGAGCCGCCCGGGUCCUCUGGAAGCUCGAGACCUGGCGUCCAGCAGAUCCUACUACUGCCGAGGGUAGGCAAAGCCUGUAUCUUGUGCAACUGGACCGUGACCUUCUACUCCCUGCCCGAGCUCAGUCCUGUGUUUGGCAAUAUACAAGUGAAAAACUGUAGUUGGAUCGGCGGUGUUGACCUGAACGAGUUUGGAUCUGAUCACGAGAACCCCCAAAGCUCCGGUAUCACUAUCCUUCUAUCCCUGAAUCGGAGGAUCCAGGUCGUCCGGAUAGGGGAAGAUGCCCGUGUUAUCAAGAAGAUUGACUUCCCGGCAAGUUCCUUGACCGUCAGGCGCGACUCUAUCGCCUGCGUGGCCGACUCGCGGAACUAUGCCUUGUUGGAAAUCGAGCGCCAGCUCAAAAUCCCCUUGAUGUCGAUAUCGUCCCUGGACGAAGCGCAGCCCGGCAACAUUGUAGGCCAAGCGCAAGACAUCUCGGGAAGUGAUGGCGGUGGUAUUUUACGGAGCGCAUCCUCGGCGCAGAGCCGGCCGCAAUCCGAGGUUCAUGACUCCCAGCAGCACCGUAGGGGGACUAGCUUAGGAAAUUUGAUCUCUGGCAAUCGACGGCAGGAGCAGCGUCCUGCUGACCAGGACGAGCCCGUCUUUCAAGAACCUCCCGAGCCUACUGGGAGCCCAAGACCGCCAGAACAGAUACCCAGUCGAGAUGGGACACCCCAGCCUCAGGCCGAAGGUCUCGGUCGGCCGGGAGCAGCUGCGAAGCCGAAGCAAGUCUUUCUGAAGCCACAUAUCGCCUCUCCAACCCCUGAAGAAUUUCUUCUGGUGACUGGGACUGGGCCUCUGGAGCCUGGUAUAGGCAUGUUCGUGAAUCUGGAUGGCGACCCUACAAGGCCAACUAUCGAGUUCGAUCGAUACCCCAAGGAGAUUGUUGUUGACGGUGGCCCUGCAGACCUGUCCUCUUCCAGGCCAGAUCUGGGUGAACUAGAGGAAGGGUAUGUCUUGGCUGCGAUGGGACGUGAGUUUGACGAUGGGGUCCAUAAUGGUCUCGAGAUUCAAAGGUGGGAUGCCGACGGAUCGCAGGCUGAGCCGGCCAAAUACUGGCUCGAACCCCCCAUAACCGAUUCUUCGAUUGUCAUCCCGUCGCAGACUCUAGGGCUCCGGUCGCUCCUUGGCUCUGAUGAGAUACAUUUCCAGGAAAUCGUGGAUAGACUCCGCCAGCAGCGAUUCAAACCAUUCUCAGGGGGGAUCGCGGCAAUAGAGGGAUCGACCAUGUCACUGAGGAGUAUAGACUCUCGUACGGCUCUAUCCAUGGAACAGAUGUCCAAAGAGAGGGAGCUCUUUGAAAGAGACAAUGACUCGCAAGACGAUGACUCUCUACCCGAGGGAUGGGAGAGUAGUCGCAAUGCUGAAGAGGAAGAGUUUGCUCGCCGGCUGGCUGGUUCUAGUGCCGGCUUGGCGGUGUGGUCAGGACACCAGAUUUGGUGGGCUUUACGAAAUCCUUUGAUUCUGAGGCUAGAUGCCCAGCUUGAGGCAGCUGCGGCUUCAGAUAUCAAGACCGUGUCUGAACGUCGAGAACUAUUCGCGGUACUCAACUCAUUCCGAGGGCGUGAUGCCAAGUCAGAACUGGAGUUCUUGACGUUCAAUUACAUCCGGCAAAAGGCAAGCAUCCUCCUCCUGACGAGUUUUCUGCAGGCAGACAAGGAAUCAUUCAGUGACCCAGAGCUACGCGCGCUUGAGGAAGUCCUGGUUGACAGCCUUCUCGACCCGCGAGUGGUCUUAUCACUCAUACCCGGUGUCCGUAAUGAAGUGAUAGAGACACGACGGGGGAUCUGGAUAUUCGGUGGUGUAAAGACUACAGCGGAUGAAUACAUUGCUACCGAUGCGUUUGAUAAGGGCAGGGCGGGUGUGAGCAUCCUUCCGGCUCAUACGCUGCAAUUUUUGAAGCGUUUCCUCACUUCUUGGCGGCGGAAGAAAGGCUUUGGCAGCAUCCCAGAUGAAAACGAGGUAUUCCGCACCGUGGAUGCGGCCCUGUUAGCAGUACUCUUGGAGCUAGACCAACAUUCACCUCCUGGACUGGCCAAGGGUAAGUCAGUACGUGCCGAUUUGUACGACCUCGUCGACAACGGCGUCGACUGCUUCGACAGGGCUGAGACUCUCAUUGAGUCUUACCAUCGCCUAUUUGUAUUGAGUCGUCUCUACCAAAGCCGCAGAAUGGCUGAGGAAGUAUUGACCACUUGGAGGCGGAUUGUCGAGGGCGAGCGAGACGAUGGAGGCGAAUUUCGGGAUGGCGAACAACGUAUACGGGAGUAUCUCUCAAAGAUCAGCAACCAGGCUUUGGUACAAGAGUAUGGCGUAUGGCUUGCCAACCGUAACCCAAAGCUAGGCGUGCAAGUGUUCGCCGAUGAGAAGGGUCGUGCGCCGAAAUUCGAGCCUGCCCACGCUGUCCAGAUCCUCCGCCAGGACGCCCCUGACGCUGUCAAGUACUACCUUGAAUACCUGGUUUUCGGCCAAGGCCACACAAUCUACGUCAACGAGCUCAUCACCUACUACCUCGACGUCGUCAUUACACACUUACAGGCCUCGGCAGAAGCCCGCGAUGUUCUUAUCGCCACGUAUGCAGCGUAUCGGGCAUUACGCCCCCUGAAGCCGACCUACCGUCAGUUCUUGACGGACAACGCGCCACCAGAUGAUGAGGUGUGGCAGAGCCGACUGCGUCUGCUCCAACUCCUAGGUGGUCCAUACGAAUACGACGCAAGUACUUGCAGGCAGCGCAUCGAGAGUCUCGAAGCCACCGCGCCAGAUCUGCUCGUCCCCGAAACCAUCAUAUUAGACGGACGGGAGCGUAAGCACGAGAACGCCCUGAGGCUCCUCGUGCAUCAUCUAGGGGACUAUGACACGGCAGUGGCGUACUGCAUACGCGGCGGCGCCAGCAUCUACAGCAUAUACCAAGCGACUCCCAGUUCCCCUCAUCCCUCGGCGCCGGAGACCAGCAGAGCGCCUAAGCGGCGUGAGAGCGCACCACCCACCGAGGACCAACAAGCCCGGCUCUUCCGCGCUGUACUCAGCGAGUUCCUGGCCAUCGAAGACGUCAGCGAUCGCGUGGAACAGACCGGGAUGCUUCUCGAUCGUUUCGGCGGCUGGUUCGAUGUCGACGAGGUGCUGAGUCUGAUCCCCGACAGCUGGAGCGUCGAUCUGAUCGCUGGCUUCUUGAUGAGGGCGCUGAGGAGGAUGGUUGUUGAGAAGAACGAGACUACAGUUGCAAGGGCUUUGUCAAGCAGUCAGUUCCUGAGAAUACAGCAUGAUCUGGUGGUGAAGAUAGAAGAGAAAGGGCCUACCUUUGAGGGUGAUUAG